AUGCCACAGGUCUGGGCCCCUAGCCGCACACUUAUGCAAGAACUCGAUAUUUAUGAUGGUGUUCACGCUCUUUUUGCCAAUAUUGGCUGGGAGCGCCUAUUAUCUGCGAACUUUGCCAUUUGUCCUUUACUUACCCGAGAGUUUUUAGCUACCCUGAGCGAGGUGAACCAUGACAAAAAUUUUGCUUUUCGCAUUUUUAGCACCCCUCACACUCUUCACGUAGACCAUUUAUGUACUAUAUUUUAUACCUCCGUCACUAGUUUAUCCCAUCCCACUCCCACUUUUGCCGUCCGCGAGUUGUCGUACUCCAUCAUCGGUUUGGAUAAUUAUGAUUCGGCUGCAUCCGUACAGACUAGCAUCGUGCACCCUGUUCUUAAUAUUGCAUUGAAAAUUAUAUGCAAUAUCAUUUAUGCAUAG